AUGUACACGGCCAAUACGAUGGCUACAGCAAUUGAGACCUUGGGUCUGAGUCUACCGUUCUCAUCGAGCUUCCCAGCUGAUUCGAUGGAAAAGAAACACGAGUGUCUGAGUGCUGGUCAAGCCAUGAAAGUGCUGUUGGAAAAAGAUAUUAAACCGCUGGAUAUUUUGAGCCGCAGGGCCUUUGAAAAUGCGAUUACAGUGACCAUGGCCUUAGGUGGUUCGACAAACGCGGUGCUGCACUUGAUUGCAAUUGCUCGGGCGGCCAAGAUUCCGCUGACGAUUGACGAUUUUGAAGACAUUAGUGAACGCGUGCCGUUUUUAGCUGAUUUGAAACCUAGCGGCAAGUAUGUCAUGGAGGACAUUCAUCGUGUUGGCGGUACGCCUGCUGUACUAAAGUACCUGAUGAAGCAGGGGUUGAUCGAUGGUGAUUGUUUGACUGUGACGGGCAAAACGUUGGGCGAAAAUCUCGCCGAAGUGGCGGAUCUUUCAGAUAACCACAAGAUUAUCCACCCUGUCGAUCGUCCGCUGAAGUCUAGUGGCCACCUGCGUAUUUUGCGCGGUGACCUGGCACCGGAGGGUUCGGUGGCUAAGAUUACCGGCAAGGAGGGCCUUGUUUUUACAGGCACAGCGAAGGUGUAUGACUGCGAAGAGGACAUGAUGGUUGGCUUGGAGAAUAAAGAGAUCACGAAAGGCAGCGUCGUUAUCAUUCGAUACGAAGGUCCGAAGGGAGGACCUGGCAUGCCUGAGAUGCUCGCGCCUACCUCGGCAAUCAUGGGUGCUGGUCUGGGCAAGGAUGUUGCCAUGCUUACGGACGGCCGCUUCUCAGGCGGCUCACACGGUUUUAUCAUUGGCCACAUUACCCCUGAGGCCCAGGUUGGUGGCCCGAUUGCGCUCGUGAAGAACGGCGACAAGAUCAUGGUCGACGCUGAGAAGAACCGCAUCGAUUUCAUUGACGUGUCCGCUGAAGUGCUAGCACAGCGCAAGAAGAAAUGGGUAGCUCCUCCGCUUAAAGCCACUCGUGGUACGCUGUACAAGUUUAUCAAGAAUGUAAAGUCUGCUUCGGAAGGCUGUGUUACGGAUGAAUAA